AUGUCUCGAAUCGAAGAGGAACUGAAGCAAUUGACGCAGGUCGUCGCAAAGCUCGAGUCUCGCAUUAGCAAGAUUGAGCAGCUCGGCACUGGCUCGUCAACGGCUGAGGAGGUUCGCAUGGUCCUCAUUGGACCCCCCGGAGCUGGCAAGGGCACACAGGCACCCAAGCUGAAAGAGCGAUUUUCCUGCUGCCAUCUGGCUACCGGUGAUAUGCUCCGCUCCCAGGUCGCAAAGAAGACUCCUCUCGGACGGGAAGCCAAGAAGAUCAUGGAUCAGGGUGGUCUCGUUCGCGACGAUAUUAUGAUUGGUAUGAUCAAGGAGGAGCUCAGCAACAACCAGGAAUGCCAAGGAGGCUUCAUUCUCGACGGAUUCCCUCGCACAGUUCCCCAGGCCGAGGGUCUCGACGCCAUGCUCAAGGAGCGUAGCCAGAGCCUCCAGCAUGCUGUCGAGCUUCAAAUCGACGACUCUCUCCUCGUCGAGCGCAUCACUGGCCGACUCGUCCACCCCGCAUCCGGUCGCAGCUACCACAGAACCUUCAACCCCCCCAAGCAGGCCAUGACUGACGACAUCACUGGAGAGCCCCUCGUCCAAAGAUCUGACGACAACGCUGAGGCACUACAGAAGCGUCUGAAGACCUACCACGCCCAGACUUCCCCCGUGGUUAACUACUACCAAAAGACCGGUAUCUGGAAAGGCCUCGACGCCAGCCAGGAGCCUGGCCAAGUCUGGAAGAGCAUGUUGGCAAUUGUUGACUCUGGCUCCAAGGGCCAGGGCUCAACCAUCCUGAGCCGAAUUCUCCCCAAGAACUAA